AUGGACGUCCACCGCUGCCGCUUCGUGCCAUUCCAACCCUCGGCUAUCAACGCCAUCGCCCUCUCUCACCCUCGCACCCGGACGGCCAAGCACGCCAACGUGGCGCGCAUGGCCAUAGGCCGCGCAAACGGCGACAUUGAGAUCUGGAACCCGGCCAACGGCUCCUGGCACCAGGAGCUCAUCAUCCGUGGCGGCAAGGACCGUAGCAUCGACGGGCUGGUCUGGGUCAACGAGCCGGACCAGGACCUGGGCGACGGCCGCACCCUCGUGGGCAGGUCCCGGCUCUUCAGCAUCGGCUACACGUCCACCGUGACCGAGUGGGACCUCGAGACGGCCAAGCCCAAGAGGCACGCCAGCGGGCAGCACGGAGACAUCUGGUGCAUCGCCGCCCAGCCCAGUGAUGCCUCCGGCUCUGCCACCAUCAACGGUGCCGUCGGCAACGCUUCCGCCGGCGGCACGAAGCUCGUCGCCGGCACCAUCGAUGGCGAGCUGGUCAUGUACUCGGUCGAGGACGACGACCUGCGCUUCCAGCGUGUCGUCGUCCGCUCGCCCACGAAGAAGGCCCAGAUGGUCAGCAUCACCUUCCAGACGCGCAAGGUCGUCGUCGUCGGCUGCUCCGACGGUACCGUGCGCGCCUACGACAUCGCAAAGGGCCACCUCCUGCGCAGGAUGACGCUGGGCGCCGACGCCGGCUCCGGCCCCGGCGGCUCCAAGGACAUCAUCGCCUGGUCCGUCCAGUGCCUGCCCAACGGGAACAUCGUCUCGGCCGACUCCACCGGCCAGGUGUGCAUCUGGGACGGCAAGACGUACACCCAGACCCAGAGGCUGCAGAGCCACAAGCAGGACGUCCUCAGCCUCGCCAUCAGCGCCGACGGCUCCUCCAUCCUCAGCGGCGGCAUGGACCGCAGGACCGUCCUGUACAAGCUGAACGGCUCCCGCUGGGCCAAGGUCUGGGGUCGCAGGUACCACGAUCACGAUGUCAAGGCCAUGGCUUCGUUCGAGAGUGGUCACAUAAGUGUUGUCAUUUCAGGAGGUCCGGAUGCCAACCCCGUCAUCGUCCCCCUCAAGGAAAUGGGCCGCGAGAACCACCGCGUCAUCUCCAACCUCCCACAGCAGCCCCCCAUCGCCAGCGCGCGGAAAGCGCGGUUCAUCCUGAGCUGGUGGGACAGGGAGCUGCACAUCUGGCAACUCCGCCGGGCCGCCAGCGACAUCAUCAACAGCAUGGACGACGACAGCGGCGAGAACGGCGAUCUGAGCCAGAACCGCAAGCUCCUCAAGACCAUCGUCGUCAAGGGCGACUCCAACAUCUCCGACGCCACCAUCAACGACGAGGGCACCCUCGUCGUCGUCUCCACGGCCACCGACGUCAAGGCCUUCCGCCUAGAGCACAGCGAGCACCCGGUCACCAAGCCGUCCGACCUCAAGCUGUGGACCGUCAGCGUCAUGUCCCAGGAGCUAAGCAAGAAUGGCGCCUCCAAGGUGCAGCUCUCGCCCGACGGAUCCUGGCUCGCCACGGUCCAGGACGGUCAGCGCAUCCUGGUGACCAGGAUUCAGCAGCCGGAUUCCUCCUCCGACAAUGCAGACGACGACGACGAUAGGUCCCCGGCCACCCAGACCCGCAGGCUGACCCGCCUGCGCCGUCAGAUCCCCCGCUACAUGCAGAACGGCGGCCUGGGCAAGUACGACCGGACGGUGGCGCACGUUGCCUUCAGCGCCGACUCCAAGGUUCUGGCGACGGCCGACCUGGCCGGAUACAUCGAUACGUGGGUCCUGCGCGGAUCGCAAGGAAGGGCCAACGGCGCCGGCGAGAACGAAGCCGAGGCCGUGGCCUCCGAGAGCGGCGGCAGCGACGACGACGACGACGACGACGACGACGAGACCACGACGGGUGGUGGUGGUGAGGACGGCAGCAGCUGGGUCCGCAACGCCAACGGCAAGCUCCUGCCCAAGCUCCCCGGCUCACCCGCGGUGCUGGCCUUUGCCCCCGGCGGCGGCUCGGAGUCCUCGGGAGCGGGUGACGACGACCACACGCUCCUGGCCAUCACGAGCUCGUGGAACGUGCUGGCCUUCCACGCACUGCAAGGCUCCCUGACGCCGUGGUCACGCCGACACCCCCGCAAGGCGCUUCCGGCGCCGAUCCUCGACCUGCUAGACAUCCCCAAGGCGGUCUUCUGGCAGGGCGCGUCGCGCGUGUGGAUCUACGGCGUGUCGUUCCUCGUGAUGCUCGACAUGUCGCAGGACCUCAGGCAGCCCACCGUCGGCCAGGACGGACAGGUCUUGACGGUCUCGAGCCUGAAGCGCAAGAGGACCGGACACGGCACCGGAGCCGGAGGCAGGAUGACGCAGAGCAACCUGACUCCUCACCAGAUCACGCGCCACGUCGACGGUCGAGAGGAGAACGUCGUCGACGCUGCUGCCGUCAAGAACGGAGGUCGAGGCGGCGGCGGCAAGCGGUACCACGAUGACGAUGACGACGACGACGGCGACGGCGACGACGACGACGACGACGAUGACGACAGCAGUAAUCAGGAGGACGGAGUGAGGCCCGGGAGCAGCCUCGAGGUGUCUGGGGCGGGCGCCGCGGGCCAGCCCAAGGCUUGGUGGAUGACGUACAAGUACAGGCCCAUCUUUGGGGUGGUGGGCCUCGAGGAGGAUGAGGUGGCGCUCGUGGAGAGGCCGACUUGGGACGUUGAUAUGCAGGAGAGGUAUAUGGUCGAGGAUAGGUAG